CCAUCGCCAUCGCCAACAAGCAAAAGCAGCAGUGGUCGUCGCGUGUCCCGCUUUACCACCUCCUCUUCUAUUUGGCGGUCGCUCCGCCGAUGCCGCAGUACCGACACUGCUUACCGCGGAAGGUGGAAACCCGUAUAACGCAACUCUGUACAUACAUAUAUAGAUUUUCAAUUAGUCAAGUGGGCCGACCAAUAAAGAAGAAAAUCAUGUGCUACCCUGAAGAAAGAAGAAACAUUUAAAAGCCCCAAAAGUCUUUUAUCGGCGAUCCUUCUCGUGUUAUCCAAAUUCGAGUAAACUUGGAUCGAUUCGAUACGAGGCCGAAAAGGUGGACGCGAACGUGGACGUGAACGUGGACGUGAACGUGGACGUGAACGUGGACGUGAACGUGGACGUGAACGUUGUUGACGCGCACAUUGGCGUUAAUGUCCUCGAAAAGAAUAAGAAAAGACGAAAAAGAGAAAGGCUACGUUGGAGCCAUGGAAAGAGUAAGAAUAUCGUGAAAGAUUGUUUUGUGGGAAAGUCCAUGAUCGGUUUAACGACUCACCGUCCUGGAGAACGAGAAGCACUCGCGAGAGGAUGCUGCGCUACGUGGACUCGUUUCGCACGCUCCUACCCUCGAGAUUCAUUCUUCUCUCCCUAUUACACAUUUAUUCAGAUAUAACGGCUCUUCGUAUGACAACGCUACAGAUACCGCAACACGUAGUUUUCAACGAAACCAUUCGUAUGCAGUGCAACUUUAGUCUGGAUAACGAGCUGCUGUAUUCGGUGAAGUGGUACAAAGAUGGUCAUGAAUUUUAUCGAUACGUUCCAAAAGACGAGCCAAUGGUACAAAUCUUUCCCGUCGCCGGUGUAAACGUCAACGCGCAUCAUUCGACAGAAAGAUCAGUCGUUUUAAACAACGUGGAUCUUUCCAGUUCCGGAAGGUAUCGAUGCGAAGUGUCGGCUGAAGCGCCAGCUUUUCAAACAGUUUCCGAGCACGCUGACAUGACGGUAGUCGUCCUACCGAAUGAAGGUCCACUAAUAUCGGGUGGUCGAUCGAGAUAUCAGGUCGGCGACGUCGUCCGUCUAAAUUGUACAUCCGCGCCCUCGAAACCAGCUGCUUUAUUGACGUGGUUCAUUAACGGCGAACCCGCCGACGCGCUCUACUUAAAAGGUCCACAUAUUACAGCUAUCGACGUGAGAGGAUUGGAAACGGCUGUUUUAGGCUUGGAAUUUCGAGUUGCCAGCAAACACUUUAAAAGAGGCGACAUGAAGCUUAAAUGCUUAGCUACGAUAGCUGCUGUUUAUCUUCAAAGCAACGAGGAAAGCGUUGAAGGAGACGAACGAAUUUUGAAAGCUCCUGUAAUGGAGAGCCGCGAAACCAGAGCACAAAGUCAUAUUCGCAACGAUUUGAUCAAUGGAUGUUCAGCCAAGGUCUUAUUGAAAUGGAAAAUUCUCCUCCUUUUGAACAUAGGAGUCGUUUUUAUGCGAUAAUAAUAAAAAAGUUCACCGUCAACCCCCCCAGAUCCUAGCCAUCGAGGCGCGUCAAGUCAGAAAAUAUUAUACUAUAGUAAUAUAAACAAACGACUGCGUCGAGAUAUAUUUGUCAUUCCAUCGUAUCUAUCGUAUUCAAUCUUUUACCCCACACAUACCCUUAUAUCUAUUAGUAUCAUUACAAUAUAUAUACUUAAUCGCGUGAGCUAAUACUUAACUCUAGCUCCGUGCGCGCUUAAUCGCGAUAAGUGGAAGUAAGUAUUAAUAAUAUACUUACUUACGUACACCUACGUUCUAGGCUCUAAAUGUAUUAACGUGCACGCGUGAAAACUGGUAAAACAAAAAAAGAUUAAAGAAAAAAAGAAUGAUCAAAAAAGAAAAUCCAUAUAUAAUCUCCUUCGACAUAUCUAAAGUAAAAGUACUUCUUCUUUUCGUACCGCUGUUAAACGAUGGUCCAAAUUAAAUCAUUCAAACUAUAUAUAGGUACUUACUUACUUGUGCGUACCUUUAACCUGCAAUUAUUUUCUUUUCGUGUCAGUUCUUUUUUUUUUUUCCUUUGUACAAACCGUAUCGAUUGUAAUUCUUUUAUGCAAAUCUUACAUAAUCGAAAAAAAGCAACUAUUAGAGAAUCGCAUGAGAUGUACUAUUAUAUUGAAAUCGUUUUAUCAUUCAUCUCGAAUAAGAAGAAACACAUAGAAAUGCAAAUUAAUUGUAAGAUAGAUGAUCUAUUGAAAUUCGUCUUAAAGAUUCAUUUGAAAAAUGUAUAACACGUGAUAUCUUAUAAUAUUAUACUACAUGUCGAUCGUAUUUUAUCGGUUAACAUCUUAUAUGACUUUUUCUAUGCGCAUCAUGAUUUAUCAUUUUGUAUUUGAUAAUAGCAACACAACAAAUGUUAUUUACGUAAUAUGUUAGUGAGUAAGUAAUGAAAGAUAGCAGAAAUAUGAUAUUUAUAUGUGAUGUUGUAUUGUUUGUUAAAAUAAAAUAGAAGCAAAAUUUCGUAGGUCGAUUCUGCUGUUACGUCGCCGUUUUCUUAUAUAACGUUUCUUUCAAUAUUAUCUUUCUAAGGAUAGAAUAAGGAUCAUUUCUAAUGAUA